AUGCUUGGAUUCGAAAUGAGACUUCAUGACCGCAUGUGGAAUGGCUCGGCCCUUCAGCACGGAAACCAAGUUGCAACCGACUAAAAACGACUUACGCUUAGGAGCAUCAUAAAGUACUAGAACGAGCUUCUGACAAGAGCUAGCGCAGUUUUGAGCCAUUCCAAAUGCGACCAAGAAACUUUAUCUACAAAAAAAAAAUCUUUCUUCGUGAUUUUUCGAAAACUACCAUACCUGUUCAAAGCCCUUUAGCACUGAAACCAUGUUGCAGUCGACUAAAAACGACUUUCGCACAGGAGCAUCAUAAAGUACUAGAACGAGCUUCUGACAAGAGCUAGCGCAGUUUUGAGCCAUUCCAAGUGCGACCAGAAACUUUAGUUACAGAAAAAAGAAAAAAAAAUCUUUCUUUGUGAUUUUUCGAAAACUACCAUACUUGUUUAAAGCCCUUUAGCACUGAAACCAAGUUGCAGCCGACUAAAAACGACUUUCGCACAGGAGCAUAAAGUACUAGAACGAGCUUCUGACAAGAGCUAGCGCAGUUUUGAGCCAUUCCAAAUGCGACCAAGAAACUUUAUCUACAGAAAAAAAAAUCUUUCUUCGUGAUUUUUCGAAAACUACCAUACCUUUUCAAAGCCCUUUAGCACUGAAACCAUGUUGCAGCCGACUAAAAACGACUUUCGCACAGGAGCAUAAAGUACUAGAACGAGCUUCUGACAAGAGCUAGCACAUUUUUGAGCCAUUCCAAGUGCGACCAAGGAGCAUUAGUUAGAGAAAAAAGAAAAAAAAUCGUUUUUUUUGUAAUUUUUCAAAUGUAAACAUUUCUACAGCUUCGAGCAAUUUUUUAAACCUUUUCUGAGAGAAAUUUAAGUUUCAUAGAUUCUCCCAAAUUGCAAGAAAGUCUUCAAGACGCUCGAAUUCAUUUCCCAUCAAUGAACGGAAGAUCCACUCCCAUCUACUCCCAAAAUAUAUUUCGCAUCCAUUUCCAAUUUCCAGUCUUACACAUCUCCGGACACCAAUAUCGUGGUCAUUCAUAGAGAGAGGCCGCCCAUGUUUGAUGAGGCCACUCCGCCCACUUCUCCUUCUCCAAGCUGCCAAUGUACCUAACCUAUAAUUAAUUUUGGGAAGCAGCGGGUGGCUGGCCACGCCCACUUUUUUUGCGCAAUAUUAGAAGUGCUUCUGCAAUGGUUUUCGAGAUGUUUUGGAGUUUUUUUUUGUUUUUAUUUAAGUUUUUUGAUGAUUUGAAAGCUCAGAAGAGUUCCCUCAUUAUUCCAGGAAGUGUUCUGAUUUUUUGGCUCUUUUUUAAAGUUCCAGGAGAUUUCUUGAAACUUUUUGAAGACAUUUCUUGGCUUGAUUUGAACUUAAUAAGCACAAAAAGUUUUCUGUAUGAAUUUUUAGAGGUCUUUUAGCAAAAUUUAGGGUUUUUGGCUUAAUUAUCAUUACUUGAAUUUUGGAGAUUUUUUUAACUUGCGAUAAAUUUUCUUUAAUAUUCUAGAAGAGCUUCUUCCGAUGUUUCCAAAGCAUUUUGGAGCGUUUUUUUUUGAAAUUUUGAGCAUUUUUUUGACAAUAAUGUAGAAGAGCUUUUUGUAUGUAAUUCCUGAAAAAAACUUCAAAAUUUCGAGUUUUUUUGACUUUUUUUCGAUGGUUUUUUUCUCGAUCCAGAAGCUUGAAACAGCUUUGAAACAGCUUUGAAAUUUUUUUGAAAUUUUUUUAAAAUUUUUUUAAAAAUUUUUUUAAAUUUAUAAGAAAAAAAUCUACCCCCAAAAUCCCUAAAAAAAUCAAAAUAUGGUCCAAAUAGUGGAUGACUUGAUGCCGUGUUCAAAGUGAUUUCCGCGAAAUUCAAAAUUAUCUCUGACCCUCCAAAUUUCAAUGAUCUUUUUCACUCUCUGACGGUUUUUUUGAAAUUUGCGACAUCAAAGCUGAAUAUCGAGAAGUCCAGAACUGUAGUUUUAUUAAUUUUGCGCAACGUAGUUCUGUCUUUUUUUUUAAAUUUCUUUCACACUUCUCCUUGGAAGCUUUCCAGUUGAAAAUUCAUUUUUUUAUGUCAAUUUUUUUCUUUCAAAUCACAUUUCUUCUUGAUUUUUUUGUCAUUUCUAUGGUUUUUCUCAAACUCAAUCUUCAAUUUUUUUCCAGAAAUGAAGCUGAUUUUUCGUGACCUCAGCCAUCUUCGCCGUCGUUCUGGGACAAACUGAACGACUUUUUCGACCUCCCACUGCCCUCGGAUCAUUGCAAGAACGGCGGAACUCUUGUUGAUGUGGGUUUUUUUGGUUUUAUAGCUGAAAUAAUGAAGUUUGAAGCUUUAAAGAUAGUUAAAAGUGAAGAAAAAGCUUGUUUUUUUAUUCAAAAUAACAAAAUUUGAAGCUUUCAGACAGCUUUUUCUUAAUAAAAUUGGUCGAAAUUCCACUAAUUUUUCAAGAAAAAAAUGUUGAAAAAAAUAAAGUUUUUUUCUCGUUAAUUUGCAAUCUAUAACCUUGUUUUAGAGCUCAUUUUUCAACAAAAAAAUUCAUUGAAAAUGUUCUUCUUUUUCAAGAAAAAAAGCUUUUAAAAAAAGGUUUUUUUAUUCGAAUCGGUGCAUUUCAACCUUGUAUAAAAAGCUAAUUUUUCGACCUUUUUUUCAAGAAAAAAAUCUCCAAAAAGAGGUUUAUUUUAUUCAAAUUUGCACUCUUUAAUUUGAUGAGAGUAGCUCAAUUUCAACGAAAAUCCCAUGAAAUCACCCGAAAUGUUCACUUUUUAUUUCCCCCUUUUUGUCCCAAGGAAACCCAUGAAAACAUUGUCCAUCACGCCCAAAUGCACAUCACAAUUUCUGAACCAAAUCGUGUGACGGCCGCCACCAGACCAAAAGAAAAAAGACAAAAAAAUCGCCAUUCAAAACGGGUCAAAUCUUUUCCGCUCUCAAUAGAAUUGAAUGGAAUACAUGGGGGCAAAAAUGAACCAUCAUGCGUCUCGAAAUUUUUCUCGAAGCAUUGUUUGAUCUUAUCUUGAAGGGUUGAAUAAGAAUGUCACGUUGAAAUUUUUAAAAAAAUAAUUCCCAAGUCUUACUAAUUUCUAGAAAAAAAAGCAUAAAAAUCUCGAAAUUCUUAAUUUUAGAUUGAAAAGAGAAAAUUCUAAAAAUCAGUGGUUUUUUAAAUUUAAAGCCUGAAAAUAAUCUUUCCAGUACUUCUAAAAUCCUCGAAAUGUUGCUCUUUUUUUCUUAAAGCGCUAAACAUAAGGCUGAAUUCUUUAAAUUUUCAAAAAUUAAGCUUCAAGAUUCCCUAAAUUAUAGGAACGAGCCCAUUCUCAUUGCAGUUUCUCAAAAAAUUUAAAAAAAAAAGAAAUUUUUGAAUCACUGAUUUUUUUCAACUAGACUUUACAAGAAUAAUCCCUUCAAACCAGUUCAAAAGAAAUAUAUUUCCAUUGCUCGAAAGCUUCUCGAAAAGCCUCGAAAGCUCCGAAUCGACAGCCUUAAUCACACAGUAGUCCUCUUUGAUGGAUGCUUUCUCGGGGAAGCUCGCUUGAUGGAAAUUAUACUUAUUUCAAAGAGAUGAAUGAUAGUUUUCCGAACAGCAGAAAAAUUUUAACUUGAUUAGGAUUCCGAUUUUUUCAUUUCUUUGCCUGGAAACUUUUCUCAGAAAGCUUCUCAACUCGAAAUUAAGUCAAAUUAUCGAUUUUAGGGACUUUUGAGCUCAGAAUCAGCGUGAAAAACUGCAGAGAGGGGGGAUAAUUUUUGGAAGUGGGGAAACCACGGCUUCACGGUACCCUGCCGUAACACAAGAACGAUAGAAAUCUAGAGCCAGCUCAUUGAUUUGAAGAUCGAAGAGAUUCCAACAAAAAAGGUCACUCUUGUAAUGAGGAGCAUGAGCCUGAGUCUACACGCCGGCUGACAGGCGAAACAUCCGGUCGAGUGGUUCUCCAAAGGCGAAUCAGCGCCUUUCCACCACCGCUGCGGCUGAAAUUGCCCGAUCCACACCUGGUGUCGGCCCGAAAAUCUUUUUCGAGUAGACGCUUGACCCGGGGAUUAUUAUUUUUGCGAUGUUUUUGCCCUGAAAAAGCCCGAAUUCGGUGUUUCUAGGCAAGAUGCUCUUUUUUGGACUUUAGGAAGUUUUUAAUCUUGAUUUUUAGGUCAACUUUCUGGAUAGAACUCAAAAAAAAACUUUUUUAAGGUGUCCCGAUUUUUUUUUUUUUUUGGAGAGUAAUCGUGUCAAGACCCUUACUGUAUAACUUCUAAAGCCUGAAAUAUUUCAUCAAUCUCAAAUAGGGAAUUUUUAUCAGAGAUUAACCAAAUAAGGGGCCUGAAAAGCUUCAAUCAGCCAUAUCGUUGAGCCGGGGGGGGCGAUUACUGGGAAAAUUUUUCAGUGACCACUAUAGAGGCUCGCCAAUGACUACUGUGAGAAGACACUAAAGUGGCCACUAAACUCACCUCUAUAGUGGCCACUAUUUUCCGUUUUAGUGGCCACUUCAGAGCUUUUCUAUUUAGUGGCCACUCUAGUAGUUUUUCAUCCAGUAUUCCUUCCAGUAACUCUGAUAAUUUUGAAGCAAACAGAUUGGACCAGUUAUGUUGAUCUAUUGAUCCCUAAAGUGGCCACUUAGUGGUCUAGGAGUAGCACUUAGAUCUCUAUAGUGGCCACUAAUUUUAACCCCUUAAGUGGCCACUAAUUUGACUACUAUAGUGGCCACUAAAACGUCAAAACCCUAUAGCGUCCCAGUAUAAUUUUUUUUGGCUUCAAUGAAUAUUCUGGAUCAUGAAAUCCCCAGCUUCGACCUCACUUAUAAGCUCUCCAUUCUUGACCGCCCUCAACUUGAAGGAGAACGACAGGAAGCAAUUCAUUUCUGUGUUCCUAGUGGGCCCAAUUAGAGCCCCCUAAAAUCGUGGCGGCGGCUGUUCCCAUGGAGCACCGCCAUUUUUUUCUCCCCCUUUCCUUCAAGUGACCAGGUUAAUCCUUCUUAACCCCCCUGGUCGGUCCGUCUGUCAAGCCACAGAACAAAAAAGGCGCAAUUAUGAACAACAUUUAUUAAUCCUUCCUGGAAUUACAGGGCAAAUGCCAAUGCACUCUACGCUACGAAGGAGCUCAGUGCGAACGGGAACGGUGCAUGAACGGCGGAAGGCGGCAUUCCCUUGAGGGAAAGGUGAGGAAAAUGCGAAGAAAUUGAAAGUUUGUUUAGAAAAACGGCUGAAAAAUAGGCCAAAAGGUGUGAAUUCGUAAAAAAAAAAAAAAAAUGUGUCCAAGUUGAGAAAAUUGGGGAAAAAAGAGCUGAAAAUUGAACCCUAGCGUGAAAUUCCUAUACUUAGAAGUGAAAAAUGAGCCCUUUAAGAGAAAAAUUCAUUUAAAAAAAAAGCCGAUAAGCUGAAAAUCGAAAAAUAUUGCUGUAGAAUGAGCAACAAUGAGAAAAAUCGCUGAAAAAAUCACAUUAAAAGUCGAAAUUCAGGCGUUUUCGAGCUUUUUUUGGCUUCUUAGACCCUAGAGUGACUUCUUGAACUUCUCAGAGAAGUUUUAAUUUGAGCAAAAGCAUUUUUCAAAGUUUUUAAGAACAGUAACAAAUCAUCUUUCGAUUUCAAAACUUCAAAAUCUUUUUAUAAAGUUCAUCAAGAUCUUCAUAAAGUGUGCUCCAAGGAAAAUCUGUUUCUCAGGGUAUUUCAUAAAGAUUUUUCAAUCAGUUUCUCAAAAAAACUUUAAAAAAAUAAUUUAAAAAAAUAAAUAAUAAUAAAAAAAUAAAGAAUAAAAAAAUUUUUAUGAAAUCUCAACAUUUCUGCAGGUCAAAUGCCACUGUCCAUUCGGCCUGUCCGGUGAUCGAUGCGAAAUCGUGACGUACUGCGAGCCUGGCCGAGGUUCGUAAAGUGUCCGCAAAGUACAGAAAAUGAAGGGAAUCACGAUUCCAGGAAAGUUGGUCAACGGAAAAUGCGAAUGUUUCGAACGAUGGACCGGAAACUUCUGCCACAUGCACACCUGCUACAAUGGAAUCCCCACCGGCGGAAUGGUCGGUUAUUAAAGUUUCUGGACAGGAACCUGAGAGUCUUUGAGCGGUAGUUUGAGAACUUAUCCACCGAGCCAUGAAUUUUGGUCGAAAUAGUACAAAACUUGUAUAAAACCAAAAAAAGGCCGGGAGUCGAACCUUUGACCUUUCGGACAGCAGUUAGAAACGUAACCGACUGAGCUAUUAAAUUUUUGGCACGGCGAGGAUACGAACCCUUGACGUGUUUACUAUCAACAAAGUCUCAUACCACUCGGCUAUGCCCCAAUUUUUACAGGACGGCUUCUGCCUCUGCGACAUCGGCUACACUGGACCGUUCUGUGACGCGCCGAUCAUUUGCAGGAAUGGCGGAUCAGUUAAUCAGGUAUCUAUUGAUUGGUCGCAUUGGGAAUGAGCUGAGGCUUAGAAGUCAAGCUUGGGUGGAGCUCUUCUGUGUGUAUUUUGAGCGGCACUACGUUAAGCCAUUCCAAAUGCGGCCACCGUUUUCUAGAAAUUAAAGAAAAGUUGCUGGUCGCAUUGGGAAUGGUUAAAGAGGUGAUGGUUACUGGGACUUGGUCCGCAACGCUUUUAGCCAUUCCAAAUGCGACCAUAGCUUUCAAGGCGUCUAGGAGAAGUUGAUAGUCGCAUUGGGAAUGGUUAAAGAGGUCAUGGGCCUUAGACUUGGAACGCAGCGCAACCGCAACGCUUUUAGCCAUUCCAAAUGCGACCACUGCUGACAAAACGUCUAGGAGAAAUUGAUAGUCGCAUUGGGAAUGGUCAGAGAGGGGCUAAUGUCUUUAAACUGGACCGCAGCGCGACCGCAACGUGUUUAGCCAUUGCAAAUGCGACCAUAGCUUACAAAGCGUGGAAGAGGUGUCGGUUGCAUUGGGAAUGGUUAGAGAGGUGCCUCCAACUUGGACAGCAACACUUUUAGACAUUCCAAAUGCGACCGGAGCGUAUCAAGUCGGAGAAAUUUGAAAAUUCAUGAAAUUUGUUCAGGAAAACGAGUGCUCCUGCCUGGUUGGCUACACCGGAGAACGAUGUGAAAUGUGCUCGCCUGGAUUCGUGAGAGAUGGAAGUUACUGCGUUCCCGAGGUUUGUACUGAUUUAAUCGAUUUUUGCCCUUUUUGGGCUCAAUAAGCCUUUGUGCUUAAAAUCCCGAAAAAAUUCAAAAUAUCAAGGUUCAGAAGGUUUAGGAAGCACCAUAAACCAAAAAAAUAAAAAACUUCUAAAAAAGCUCAUCCCGACUUCUAAGCCCUCUUUCCGCAUGUUCAAGUCUCCGUUUACAGCCACGCCGACAUUCUGCGAUUUUCCAGGUGUCCGAGUCGUCGUUGCUGGCUCACACGGGCUCGCUGACGUCACGGCCGUUCGCCUGGCCGAUCGUCCUGAUGGGCUGCGCCGCCGCCUUGGCUUUCGUCGUUCUCGCCUUGACGGUCGUCUUCGCCGUCCGCAAGUGGAGCUCCAAGCCGUCCCGAGUCAACUCCGUCCAGGGCGAUCCGGAGGGCGGCACUGACGUCUGA